GAAGCUGAGCCAAAACUUGCUCCAGGCAAAUACAGCCAAAGCACUAGCUGAGAGUGUGAUAUAUAAAGAUAAAGUCCACCACUUAUUUCCGCUGUUUACUGAAGUAUAUGGGGUCAGCUCUGUAACCAUAUAACACUUCAAGAACCCAUAAGAAUUUGUGAUUCCAUCAUGUGUCUCUUUGUGCUGAUACUGUUGGGUUUGCUAUUAGUGUACAGAUGGUACAGACAAAGUCAUAUUUUGGAGAAUCUCACAGAUAAAUAUGUCUUCAUUACCGGAUGUGACACUGGAUUUGGAAAUGUGCUGGCCAAGCAACUGGACAAACGUGGCAUGAGGGUUCUAGCAUCUUGCCUGACAGAGAAGGGGGCUGAGAAGCUGAAGAAUGAAGCAUCUAGUAGACUGCAAACUGUAAUCCUAGAUAUUUCUGACUCCAAGAAUGUGAGCUCUGCAGCUGAGUGGGUGUCUCUUAUUGUUGGAGACAAAGGACUUUGGGGUCUGGUGAAUAAUGCUGCCAUUUCUGGUUAUAUGGCUCCUCUUGGAUGGCAGAAGAAAGAUGACUUUGUCAAGGUCCUUAAUGUGAAUGUACUGGGGAUGAUUGAUGUGACACUGACAUUACUACCACUAAUCAGGAAAGCACAAGGAAGGAUAGUAAAUGUUUCCAGUAUUUGCGGCAGACUGCCUCUUAUUCCAGGUGGUUACAAUAUCUCCAAAUAUGGUGUGGAAGACUUCUCUGAUAUUUUAAGGCGUGAAGUUAAUGAUUUUGGGGUGAAAGUUUCAAUAGUUGAGCCAGGGGCUUUCAACACGGCCCUUACCAUUUUGCCACUCAUUAAGAAGAGUGUGGAGGAUAAAUGGCAGAUGGCGUCAGCUGAGACCAAGAUGCUGUAUGGAGAGCAUUACUACAAGAAACAUCUACAAAAUAUGGAACAAAUGGUUACACAAAGUUCUCCCAAAAGCUACUUGGUAACAAACUGUAUUGAGCAUGCACUGACCGCCUGUUAUCCCUGGACAAGAUAUUCUGCUGGAUUGGACGCUAAGCUAUUCUACUUGCCUCUAUCCUACUGCCCAACAUUUAUUAUUGAUUAUAUGUUAUCACUGAAUGCACCAAAAGCAGCUCAAGGAGUGUACUGAUGCACAGGAGCACAUAGAUGUUUUGUUCCUCAGAAUAUUCUUCAAUUAUAAUCUUACUAGCUUCAUGUCGUCACUCGAUUCUCCUUGAUGGCCUAUAUAUGAUGAGAGCUUUUGUUUCAGUCCUUUUAUAUGGAAAUUACUGAACUAUUUUUAUUAGCUGAUGAUUAGAUAAUAAAAAUGACCCAUAUAUAGCUUUUCUAUGUGUUGCUAACAAUGAGAUGGGGAUGUAAAGUAUAUUCUGGCUACAUUUUCUACUGUGACUAAAGCUGAAAAUCAAUAAACAGUUAACAUAAAAAAUG